CAUAAUAUAAAGCAACCCAACCCGUUCGACUUGGUCACAUUCAAACUGCCUCAGACUCACUCACUCACUCUCUUCUCUUUCUCUAUUGCAUUCCAUGGAAGACUUCUUCGCUCUAAUUUGCCCUAAUUCUCCAUUCGUAUGGAAUGGGGAGAGAUUCUCAGAGUGUUUUGAAGACAUUGUGUUAGGUUUUGCAAUCAACAUAGUAACUGUUGUUAUGAUUGUUUUGCUUGGAUUUAAUCAGAAGAUUGAUCAAAGAGUUCGGAGAUCAGAUGCCCAGACGACCCUUCCAGAAAAAUUUGUCCUGGAUUUUAUACCAGCUGUUGGAGCAUGCCUUUCAAUCAUAAACAUAAUUUUCUUGUGGAAGAAAGAACACAAUAGUCACUUUGAUGGAUAUCACAAAUGGUUUUAUAGCUGUUCUGAGUUGAUGGUGUGGAUUAACACCAUUCUCUUCGCAAAGUGUGUCAGCAGUCAAUUCAUUGUCUUCAACCGUGUCUUAUGUUUCUGGUGGAUUCUGAAAGCCGUACUGGCUGUUUUCUAUUUGAUUACAAAGUUUCCAUCAUUGGAGGUUUCAAUAUGCAUCAUGGAAAGCUUAGUUGUUCUCUUGAAUAUUUCAUUUGGAAUAGCUAUCAAUGUGAUCAGGAUAAAGAGACCAUCUUUCAAAAGCAGUUUAUUGGAAGAUCCACUUCUUUCAAAUGGUGUAGACCUUGAGGAAGGUGGCUAUCAUGACCUUGGAAAUAAUGGGAGCUUUUGGGAUUUGAUGACUUUCAAAUUCAUAACACCAGUAAUGAAUCAUGGUGUGUUAAAGCAAUUAGACUCUGAAGAUCUGUUGCUGCUACCUGAUGAUUUGGGUCCUUCCUCCUGUCAUGAAGUGAUUUUGUCCUGCUGGGAAGCUCAACUGAGUAACAAUGGUUCUAGCCCAUCUUUGUUUAGAGCACUCUGUAGUGCAUAUGGAUGGCCAUACCUCCGCCUGGGUUUAUUGAAGGUGAUUAAUGAUUGUAUUGGUUUUGCGGGACCAUUGCUUCUCAAUAAGCUGAUCCAGUUUCUUCAGCAAGGUUCAGUGAAUUUGGACGGGUAUUUACUUGCAUUAUCCUUGGGACUCACCUCUAUAAUUAAAUCUUUUUUAGAUACACAAUAUACUUUUCAUCUUUCCAAACUGAAGCUGAAGCUGCGAUCUAGUAUCAUGACUCUAAUCUAUGAGAAGUGUCUACAUGUGAACUUAGCAGAGCGUUCAAAAUUCACAAAUGGCGAAAUUCAGACAUUUAUGUCUGUGGAUGCUGAUCGAACUGUCAACUUGUGUAAUAGUUUCCAUGAUAUGUGGAGCCUGCCUUUACAAAUUGGAGUGGCGCUUUAUCUUUUGUAUACUCAAGUCAAAUUUGCGUUUGUAUCCGGAUUAGCAAUAACCAUUUUAUUGAUACCAGUGAAUAAAUGGAUAUCAACAUUGAUUGCAAGUGCUACUGAGCAAAUGAUGAAGGAGAAAGAUGAAAGAAUUCGUAGGACCGGUGAACUUUUGACUUAUAUUCGCACUUUGAAGAUGUACGGAUGGGAACUUCUUUUUUCUAGUUGGUUGAUGAAUACAAGAUCUUUGGAAAUCAAACACUUAGCUACUCGGAAGUACUUGGAUGCAUGGUGUGUUUUCUUUUGGGCUACAACGCCAACACUCUUUUCUCUUUUUACAUUUGGACUCUUUGCAUUGAUGGGACAUCAACUAGAUGCAGCAAUGGUUUUCACUUGUCUUGCUUUGUUUAACACACUGAUUUCACCACUAAACUCAUUCCCUUGGGUAAUUAAUGGAUUGAUUGAUGCCAUCAUAUCCUCCAGACGUUUGAGUAGGUUUCUCUCUUGUCCUGAACAUAAAUUUAAAGUGGGAGAGACAAAUUCCUGUCCACCAUUCCCGAGUAAACAGCCUGAUUCUGUACAAGGUCUGGCUGUCUUUAUUCAAGAUGCAAGUUGUACUUGGUCAAGCAGUGAGGAACAAGCAUUAAAUUCAGUGUUGGAUCAUGUAACUCUAAGCGUGUCCCAGGGUUGCUUUGUUGCAGUCAUUGGAGAGGUUGGUUCGGGUAAAUCAUCCCUGUUAUAUUCAGUUCUUGGAGAAAUGCGGCUUGCUCGUGGAUCUAUCUAUUCCAAAGAAUCCAUUGCUUAUGUACCACAGGUCCCUUGGAUUUUAUCUGGAACGGUACGUGACAACAUAUUAUUUGGGAAAAGCUAUGAUACUGAAAGGUAUACUGAUACACUGCAGGCAUGUGCAUUAGAUGUUGAUGUCUCACUGAUGGUUGGAGGUGACAUGGCUUAUAUAGGAGAGAAAGGAGUCAACUUAUCAGGUGGACAGAGAGCUCGUCUUGCUUUGGCAAGGGCACUGUAUCAUGACUCGGAUGUUGUUAUGCUUGACGAUGUCCUGAGUGCAGUUGAUGUACAAGUUGCUCAAUGCAUCUUACACAAUGCCAUUCUAGGUCCUCUUAUGCAAAGAAAAACUCGAUUGCUCUGUACCCACAACAUUCAGGCAAUAUCUUCUGCUGAUAUGAUUGUUGUUAUGGACAAAGGACACAUAAAGUGGAUGGGAAGAUCAACUGACUUUCCAUUUUCUUCAUAUACAGCAUUCUCUCCAUUGAAUGAAAUUGAUUCAGCUUUACAGAAUCAUAGACAAUCUUGCAGCACAAGUCUUUCUUCCAAAUCCACGGAGCAGUCUCUUCCUGAUACAGUUAUUAUGCAUUCUUUGGAGGGAUCAGAGGAGAUAGUUGAAGUUGAGUUGAGGAAAGAGGGAAAAGUUGAACUUGGAGUGUAUAAGAAUUAUGCUGUCUUCACUGGAUGGAUCAUCACAGUCAUUAUAUGCCUAUCAGCUAUUCUGAUGCAAGCUUCUCGUAAUGGGAAUGAUUUAUGGCUGUCAUAUUGGGUUGAUACAACAACGAAAAGCAGUCAAACAAGAUACUCUGUGUCUUUCUAUCUGGUUAUACUAUGUCUCUUUUGUAUUAUGAAUUCUUUUUUCACAUUGGUGAGGGCAUUCUCUUUUGCAUUUGGUGGAUUACAAGCAGCAACUAAGGUACACAAUAAAUUGCUCAACAAACUUAUUAAUGCACCUGUGCAAUUCUUUGAUCAGACCCCGGGUGGGAGAAUACUGAACAGGUUAUCUUCGGAUCUUUAUACAAUUGAUGAUUCUCUUCCAUUCAUUAUGAACAUUCUCCUAGCUAAUUUUGUAGGCUUGUUGGGUAUUGCAAUAAUUUUGUGUUAUGUACAGGUCUUUUUCUUACUCUUGCUAUUACCAUUUUGGUACAUCUACAGUAGACUUCAGUUCUUCUAUAGGUCAACAUCAAGAGAAUUACGAAGACUGGACAGUGUUUCUCGAUCUCCAAUAUACACAUCAUUCACUGAAACUCUUGAUGGAUCAUCGACUAUUAGGGCUUUCAAAUCAGAGGACUUUUUCUUUGCCAAAUUCGCUGAACAUAUAACCUUGUAUCAGAAGACUUCCUACACAGAGAUAGUGGCAAGUUUGUGGCUUUCCUUGCGUCUUCAGUUAUUAGCCGCAUUUAUAAUCUCAUUCAUAGCUGUGAUGGCUGUUGUGGGAUCUCAUGGCAGUCUGCCUGUCAACUUUGCUUCCCCAGGACUGGUAGGAUUGGCCCUCUCCUAUGCAGCUCCAAUUGUGUCCCUGUUGGGAAGUUUUUUGUCAAGCUUCACUGAAACAGAAAAGGAAAUGGUUUCAGUUGAAAGAGCUCUUCAAUACAUGGACAUUCCUCAAGAAGAACAAACUGGAUGCCUAUACUUGAAUACAGAUUGGCCAAAUCAAGGAGUUAUCGAAUUCCAGUAUGUUACUUUGAAAUAUAUGCCAUCUUUGCCAGAUGCACUACGCAAUCUUAGUUUUAGAAUUGCUGGAGGAACACAAGUUGGCAUAAUUGGAAGAACAGGUGCUGGAAAGUCUAGUGUGUUAAAUGCCCUUUUCCGCCUUACCCCAAUAUGUACAGGCUCCAUCACAAUUGAUGACGUGGAUAUUAAGAGUAUUCCUGUCAGAGAACUACGUACACAUUUGGCCGUUGUUCCUCAGAGUCCAUUUUUGUUUGAAGGAUCAUUAAGGGAUAACCUAGAUCCGUUCAAAAUGAACGAUGACUUAAAAAUUUGGAAUGCAUUGGAGAAAUGCCAUGUGAAAGAGGAAGUUGAAGAAGCUGGAGGGCUGGAUGUUCUUGUAAAGGAAUCGGGGAUGUCAUUUUCAGUUGGCCAGAGGCAGCUUCUUUGCCUUGCACGUGCACUUCUGAAAUCUUCGAAGGUUCUUUGUUUGGAUGAAUGCACGGCCAGUGUAGACAUUCAAACUGCUUCGCUGCUGCAAAAUACCAUAUCCAGUGAAUGCGAAGGAAUGACAGUGCUGACAAUUGCUCACCGGAUUUCAACUGUUAUAAAUAUGGACAGCAUUCUGAUUCUUGACCAUGGGAAGCUGGCUGAACAGGGAAAUCCGCAGGUUCUUCUGAAAGAUGACACCUCUACAUUUUCUAGUUUUGUUAGAGCUUCAGCAAUGUAACCAAACCAUGCAAGGGACAGUUUGGUUCUCGGCCAUUAUUUAACAUGACACUUCAGCAGACUGCUACAUAUUGCUAAUGUUGCUCAAGUAUCACGUUUAGAUCAACGCAACUACAAAGUUGUUGUAACAAACAAAUUUAUUUUUAUUUAUAAGUUGGUCAAAGCAAACUUAUUAGUGCAUUCUUACUUCUUAGAGCCUUUGAAAAGGCAUAUGAAAAACUGUGUUUUUGUAAAAUAGAGAUUUUUUGCUUUUAAUCUUUUGAAAAAAAUCAUUUUUUUCCUUUUAA